UUGUGUACCAUUUCUCCACUCCGUUCGUCAUCUUGUGGUUUCAAUUUCGUGCAGGAGGAAUCACAAAGAGCAUUUACAAGGAAUUCAACCUUCAAUAAUUCAGAUCCCAUUAUUCCACCUGCAUUGAAUUCGCUCCAAUAGUACAGUAUUCAGUGUCCAGCUAGGUGUUCACUGGGAGAAUUUCAAAGUGCAACUCAGUGCCAGUUCAGCAUAAUUAAACUUUCUCGCAUUACACACUGAUCAACAAAGCCGUAAUAAUUCAAUUCACGCAGAAUUCCGAAGAAAUAAGUUGUGACUGUGAAAACUAUAUUGGAUGAUUCAUAACAGAGUUCAGUGACGGGCAUUUGUGAAAAGUAUAAUUAACAUUUUAGUCCGAUAGGAACACGCCAGUUGUUCAUAGCUGAAUAAUUAUAGACUACUCAAGGAGUCCCUGUGCUGUUCAGUUAGAGAAUAGACAGCACAAUGUCUUAGUGUUUAUUAGAUUGAGAAUUCACAAAUAACAAAAUGGCAAUAUUUAACCUGGUGUCGUCGGUUGCCGGAUUUAUUAAAGUACGAUUCCUCAUCGAUAAGGCAGUAAUAGACAACAUGGUGUUCAGAUUCCAUUACCGCAUCACAACUGCAAUAUUGUUUGUUUGCUCCAUCCUGUGCACUGCAAACAGUUUAAUAGGUGAUCCUAUCAACUGCAUCGCAGACAAUUCCCUCCCUGGACAUGUGAUCAACACUUACUGCUGGAUCACAUCCACAUUCACACUGCCACAUCAACAAGGCAAGCCUGUUGGAACCCACGUAGCCCACCCUGGAGUAGGGACAUACGUCGAAGGUGAAAAUGAAACUCGGUAUCACUCCUACUAUCAGUGGAUUCCCUUCAUGCUCUUCUUCCAGGGCCUUCUGUUCUACAUACCUCACUGGAUAUGGAAGAACUGGGAAGAAGGCAAGGUUCGAAUGAUCAGUGACGGUAUGAGAGGAUCCAUGAUUGGUUCAAAGGAUGACAGACGUGAUCGGCAGGGCAGACUAGUUCAGUACAUGCUAGAUACGCUGCAUCUACACAAUACGUAUGCUGCCGGCUAUUUCUUGUGUGAGGCCCUCAAUUUCAUCAAUGUUGUUGGCAACAUCUUUUUUGUGGAUGUAUUCCUUGGAGGAGCAUUCUUGAAGUAUGGAACAGACGUAGUAAGGUACUCGGGUUUGAAUCAAGAGAACCGAACAGAUCCUAUGAUCGUCGUCUUCCCUCGCGUGACCAAAUGCACCUUCCAUAAAUUUGGUCCCUCAGGCUCAAUUCAGAAGCAUGAUGCCCUGUGUGUCCUGGCUCUAAACGUCUUAAACGAGAAGAUCUACAUCUUCUUGUGGUUCUGGUUCAUCUUCCUGUCUGUGCUAUCUGGCCUUGCCCUGCUUUACAGCACGGUCAUAGUGGUGCUUCCAUCCAUACGCGAGACAAUACUGAAGAGACGUUUCCGAUUUGGCACCCCUACUGGGGUAUCAGCUGUUGUGGACAAGACACAGGUUGGAGACUUUCUACUGCUCCAUCUGCUAGGCCAAAAUAUGAACAUGGUGGUGUUUGGUGAGAUACUGGAUGAACUGAGUCGUAGACUGAAUGACUACAUGCAUAACAAUGUUCCUACAGCACCAUCUACCCUAGAGAUGUCUCCUAUAUACCCUUCAAAGGAAAAGUUCCCAAAAGAGACAGAAGCCUAGCAUCUCUUGAGCUUUGAGGAGAAUUCCAGUGACUGACAACUGUAAGAAAUAAAAUGGAUAAAAUGUUAUGAUCAUUACUGGAGCACCUCUUACUUUUUUGGUUCAUAUGUUUGAAGACACAGAGCAUCUGGAUUCCUCAAGACAGUCAAAAACGAUGAAAGUUAAGCUGAAGGAGGAAACACAUCUGCUUCCAUUUCAGGUCUACAGGUUUCCACAUUAGUCUCUAGGAAUUAUCAUUAUUCAUACAUAUAUUUUCACUUCUAUUUAGUAUGCCUCAAGGUUUUAAAAUUCAGCUAUACUUUACAACGCAAACUACAGUCAUCAGUUGGGACUAAUGUCACUCUCUGGAAUUAUUCUCAAAUGCUGGAACUUCCUGUUUUGUCAGGGUGAUAUUCGAUACUGUGAAAGUGUACAGUAACCUUACUGAUGGAUUAAAGAAUGAAAUUUGCACAAUUUCAAAAUCUAAAUCUAAAAUGAUUAAGGUUGAAGAAAGUUCUACAGAUCCAAAAACAGUAAAGAGAUCUGUAGUUAACAAAACUGAAGAAAUUUGUUCAAAGAAGAUAGCAUAAUACUAGUUUUAAUAUUCAUUUUGUUUUGACUAUUGUUGCCAACUAGCCUAAGAUUUGUUAGAUUAGUUAUUGCAGGUUUUCGACAACGAAUUCGCGUUUUCUUUUGUGUCAACAGAAAAUAGGUAGCUAAGUAAUGUAUAUUAUAAGCAAGAAGAGGGUUUUUAAUUGAAGUGUCUUUCCUAAUAACAUUCCAAAUAAAGAGAAGCUUGUAAAUGCUAACAACAAUUGUUAGUUCUAUCUCAUUUUGUGGCCAGUGCUACCCAUGACUGGCUGCCACAAGGCUUGAGUGGGUACGCAUACUGUUUGUCACGUAUUCAAAACAUACUUUUGACUACUUAACUGACUGGCAAAUGUGCCAUUAUCUUUGCAGAGUGAUUUCUAUGACAGGAAACUUAAUUAAGCACAAGACACUGUUUUCAAUACUGUCAGUUUUGUUUAAAGAUAUUUUUGCUUAUCAUCUUACAUGAUUUUACAUUACCUGCAUAAAUCCAACAGUGAAAUAUUGCACAACAGUGACUUGUUUUAUGUGAACAUUACAGAACAACAUCAAUUCAUCCUGUUCAUAUCCAUGAAUAUUACUGGCUUAAGAGGUGUUAUUUUUAUUGUUAAUUUGGCACAGAUGAAUAUGAAUGAGUGGCCUAACUACGUGAAUGUUUAAAAUGAAAAAUAACACCGGAUGUGAUAUAUUCAAAGGUUAUGUGUAAACAUAUGUGAUUUUGGAUCUUGUUUGUAUAUGCCAUAAUAUACUUUGCAUGAAGAGAGUUAAAAUUAUAGCACACAGCAUGAACACAAUAAUAGCCACAAGUCUAACACUAUUCUCUGAAUGUCUUUGGUGAUGGUACUGCAUUACUAGUAUCUUUGUUUUGGACUUCAUCCAUUUUCUGUUUUUAAAAAACCUUCAAAAAUCACCAUGUUUCCUUAGUUCUUCAGGUAAAGGGGACAGAGACCUAUUCAGUUGGAUAUGGUACACAAAGCUAUCCUUUAAUGUGUAAUUCCUUUAGAUUUUAUGAUAAAGAUUUUUAAAAACAGAUGAUGAAUAAAGCCCAAGGAAAGAAGCAGCAAGUAUAACAUAUUCAUAUACAGAGUAAUUAAACAAAAACUUGUUAAAUUCCAGCUUGGAGCCAGGAGUCUCUUUCAGACAGAAGCAAUGCUCAAUUUUGUGUUUAUUGUGGAACAGACAGCGAUGAUAGAAUUUCUAAAUCAGAAUCAGAAAUUGUGUGCAUAAUGCUAACAUUGUGAGGACAGCAAAGUUUAAUUCUACAAUAAACCAUAAAUGUAUUAUUUUUGUGGAAGUUUAUAAUAAUAAAUUGAUUAUAUUUUAGAGUGCAGUUUUAUGGGGUAAUGAAGACAUGCUGUUCCUCUUCAUGGAAUUUUAACUUGAGAUGUUUUGUUGCAUCUGCAUGUGAUAGAUAAUCUUUAAUAUAAGAAUGAUACUAAAUCUGUAAUCAUAAGUAGUGCAGUUUGUUUCUGAUACAUAUUCUUGUUUAUUGUUUCAUCUUCUGUCAUUGUAACAGGUUGACAUACAUAACAAUAGCUCAAUCACAGUGAUAAAGUAAUGUCAACAACACUAUGUAAUGAUGUAGUUCAUUAAAACUGCAGACAAAG